UUGGAGCAUUAUGGUCCAUGUAGGAAUCCAGUGCAUGCAUUUGAGUAGUUCAAAUGUUUCAUUCCUGAAUUCAGCAAAUUCAAGAGUACGAUUGUUUCAUUCAGUAAUCAGAUAAUUGAAAAAUUGAAGAGCGGUUGGAUUUUGUUGUAUAUUUUGCAAACUCAUCUACAUAAGUAAUAAAAGAGCCAAAGGAUUUGGUGAUUUUCACGUGAUUUCAUUGACCCUCGUUAUCUUAUCUUUUGUAUUUUGCAUUUUUACAUAGAUAGACUCGUUAUUUGUAUUCUGCAUUUUAGGACCCUUGAAGCAAUAGUAAAAAAGGAUCUCAUCAUCUCAUCUCAAUUGUGGUCCGGGUCUUUCCAAAACUUGGCAGAUGGCUCGUCUUUGUCAUCUUCCUUACCGUUGCCGCAGAUCCAUGAGUUCCACCUCGGAAUUUUGGCUUUAUAUAUUUAAGAAUUCGAUGUUCAGCGCGGGGUGUGGUCUUGCUUCUAUUUUAAUUGGGAUUGCUACAGAAUGAAUGUUGAAGUGAGUGUUGAUAUGGCUGAGCCACAAAGAGAAAGGAAUCUGUUUCGAGAGGUUUAUGAGAACAGUUUCAAUAAUCUAUUUCGGCUUCUCCCGCCUGUUAGCGAUCAUGUUCUCACUCCCAUAUUUGAUUUUGCUUGUUCCACAAAAUUUGUAAUAGAAUCUUUGGCUAUGUUUUUCUAUAUUGCUUAUUUUUCUUUCUUUUUGCACCUGUGUUUAGUAGUUUUUUUGCCUUGGAAUUUGAAGGCUGGGGGCACUGCUUGGAUUAGAGGAGAGGUGCGGGUUUGGCUUCGGAUGGACCGCUUGUGGUUUCUUGCCUGUCCUCACUGUCACCAGCCUUAUGAUUUUGCCGAUACUUUGGGGAUUGUGUGCAAGUGUUGUGGUCGAGAAAUGUAUAUUUUCCCUAGAUAUUCUUGUUCUAUUGUUCUCCUGCUACUAUUUGUCCAUGAUGUUGGUCUAGCUUUAUGCAUGAUUGCUGUUGAUUGCAGGGUCUAUAUUGCUCUGUCAAUUAAAGAUGACUCUGACUCUAUGAAUAUUCUGGUUAUUGGCGAUGAAGCUGUGCGCCUUAUUGGUCUUACUGCUUUUCAUCUUUAUGCACUCGAUGAACAAGAUGUAGUGUAGCUUGGUUUUUUUUAUACCUCUGCUAUGUUUGCAUCUAUGAUUCCGUUUAUGCUAAUGAUGUUGUUUGAUUCUUCUCUUUCUGCAACAUGCUAGAUUGAGCUAUCACGUUGCUAAUGAGGUCAAAGGAAAGAGGCUUUUGUGCUAUAUUAAGCAUUCAUCUGAUCAUAUUAGGAAAACCACUUCUGUCAAGUUUACUGUUGUUACUUUUUAUGUUGCCUAGCCUCUUUCGAGAUGUAGCUUGCUAUUUUUUUGGUGUAAGGAUGCUUUCAAUAUGUGUUUGGAGCACUUUAUGCUCUUGUUUGUUGUUUUGCAUAUGGACUCUUUUGUUGUCAUCUUGAUUCGAAGAAUCCAAUAUUCUCUGCUUCUGUGUGAGUGUUUGUGUAAUUGCUUGCAACAUGUCAUUUGCUUGCUGUUAUUUUCUCUUCUGAUGUUAUUUUAGCUCAUGGUAGUUAAGCUAUUACCCAUUACCGCCUAUUUUUAUCCAUUGUAUUACAGACACUUUUAGUUGAGACUAUGUAAGCGAAUUUUUAUGCAAAGGCAAUCGGGAAAUGUGUUUCUGCUUUCAC